CUCUCUUGGCUCUCUUCUUCCGCACGCAUCCUAGUUCGGAAGUAAACUUUCCAUCCCCAGUUUUGGGGGGUCACCCCGCAGCAUGGAAGACGACGACCCUGUAUUCCUCCGCAGCACGGGAGACAAGGACCUUGAGCCCCCCACUCAGCCUCUCGAUCGAUUAUAUUUUGCUACUUUAAGGAAUAGACCAAAAAGCACAGCAAAUACCCAUUAUUUCUCCAUCGAUGAGGAGCUGGUCUAUGAAAAUUUCUAUGCAGAUUUUGGACCUCUGAACUUGGCAAUGGUGUACAAAUACUGCUGUAAACUAAACAAGAAACUAAAAUCCUACAGUUUAUCAAGAAAGAAAAUUGUGCACUACACCUGCUUUGACCAACGGAAAAGAGCAAAUGCAGCAUUUCUGAUAGGUGCUUAUGCCGUGAUCUAUUUAAAGAAGACACCAGAAGAAGCCUACCGAGCACUGCUGUCGGGCUCUAACCCCCCCUACCUUCCUUUCAGGGAUGCUUCUUUUGGAAAUUGCACUUACAAUCUCACCAUCCUCGACUGCUUACAAGGUAUCAGAAAGGGAUUACAACAUGGAUUUUUUGACUUUGAGACAUUUGAUGUGGAUGAAUAUGAACAUUAUGAGCGAGUUGAAAAUGGUGACUUCAAUUGGAUUGUUCCAGGAAAAUUUUUAGCAUUCAGUGGACCACAUCCUAAAAGCAAAAUUGAAAAUGGUUACCCUCUUCAUGCCCCCGAAGCCUACUUCCCCUAUUUCAAAAAGCAUAAUGUGACGGCCAUCGUGAGACUCAACAAGAAGAUCUACGAGGCGAAGCGCUUCACCGAUGCGGGCUUUGAGCACUACGACCUGUUUUUCAUUGACGGCAGCACACCCAGUGACACCAUCGUGCGCAGAUUCCUCAACAUCUGUGAGAACACCACCGGGGCCAUCGCCGUCCACUGCAAAGCUGGCCUUGGAAGAACAGGGACAUUGAUCGCCUGUUAUGUAAUGAAACACUACAGGUUUACGCAUGCCGAAAUCAUUGCUUGGAUCAGAAUUUGCCGGCCAGGCUCCAUCAUUGGACCCCAGCAGCACUUCCUGGAAGAGAAACAAGCAUCGCUGUGGGUCCAAGGAGAUAUUUUCCGAUCUAAAUUGAAAAACAGACAAUCCAGUGAAGGAAGUCUUAAUAAAAUUCUUUCUAGCUUGGAUGAUAUGUCUAUUUCUGGAAGCUUACCCAAAGUACAAAACAUAGACAAGUUUGGAGAGGACUUAGAAGAGGAUGAAGAGAUGGAAAUGAAAAGUAACAUAACCCAGGGAGACAAACUACGUGCCUUAAAAAGUCAGAGACAGCCACGCCCCUCCCCGUCCAGUGUAUUUAGGUCCGAUGAUAUGAAAGGGCACCCACGUGCAGUGUUCCAGCCAUUCAGAUUAUUAAGUACUUCCCCACAACCAUCUGUGUCUGCUAUGAAGACCCCCAAAGUGGCUUCGUCCCCUUCUGCAACGGCCAGGAGGAUAACCCGAGGUUCUGUGACUUCAAGUUCUAGUAACAGAAGCUUUUCCAUAAACUCCCGGCUUGCCAGUUCUCUAGGGAACUUGAACGCGGCCGUGGAGGAGCCUGAAAACAGGAAGACCUCGUCCCCCAGGACCAGCUUCUCCGGUGCCCCGACGCCGGCGCGCAACUACCCCGAGCUCAACAACAACCAGUACAACCGAGGCAGCAGCGGGGCCAACCUCAACAGCCACCUGGGGCCCUCCUGUGCCAAACCCGAGGACCACCCCGCCCUCCUCCGUCAGGCCUACACCGGCUUCUCCUCCCCCUCGGGGAGAUUCCUGAGCCGCUCCAUCCCUUCCCUUCAGUCUGAGUAUGUUCAUUACUAAGGCAUUGCCACUGCGGUGAAAGCGGCUCCAUGCUUAGACAUCUGGAUGGGCAAUGUGGACGAAAGCAUCUACUUGCCACAUGGAUUCCUGCCUCUUCCCUUACAUUAGAGAAAGGCACUAAGAUAAUACGUUCCAGAGACUUGAAGCCAGAAAUCUGGCUAAAUGACUACUAUAAAUGCACUGAAACUGUUUAUGAAGAUUUCAACCCCUUUUUUUUAAAAAAAGACAGUUUAAAUGUUGAAUUUGGUAUUUCAAAAGGUUACUUCUAAUGUAUUUCAGUAAUACAUUUGUUAUAUGUACAGUGUUACAUUAUGUAUGUAUUGUGAACUUUAAAAGUCUAUUUUGAUAAAUUUAUAAAUAUCUAAAAUUAUGUAUAAAAACUAGGCUAUAUUUUGAUUUAGAUUUUCCUGCUGUUUGCUACCAAAAACUUGUAUUUUAAAACUUUGUUUUAGUAUGGUUUUUGUCUACAAUGAAUUCCUCCUCAUAAACAAAGAAAGUUUUAAUUUAAAGAAGUCAAGUUUCUCUAUACCAAGAGAAGAAUCUCUUUGAUAGGGCUUAUUUAAGACAAAACCAUUUUCUUCUGGUUUCAUUCUGGAGCCAUUUACAUUAGCCUUGCUCCCUAGGAGGCAGUCCGGUUAGAACUGGCUUCACUGGAUGUUCCUACCAAAAGCAGGAUUUCUCUCUAUGAAAGGACUAAACAUUCCAGUACUUUUAUUUCUUCACAACUUUCCCAAGAGUGCUUUUUUUCUUUUUCUUUUUGUUAAUGCCUUAAACCAUUUACUUUGCUUAUUAUUCUCUACAUAUGCAGAGGAGGGUUUAAAUCCAUGUCUGAAAUUUCCAAGAGCUUUGUCCCUAAGCAUACAAUAAUUAUUCUAAUGUCUCCUCAACCCCCACCAAA